AUGCCAUUUCAGACUGAAUCCGGUACUGUGGCUACUAUGGAUUCCACAUCCACACCUCCUAGACCCACUGUCAAUCCACAUGGAUACUCAGACAAUCCAGACGAAGAGCCAUCUCCUCGUCAAACAAGCACUGAUGAUGAAGAAGAACCUUCCUAUCAUUCCCAGCGGCAACUGCUUCCAGGAAAUAGCAAUAGCAAUUCCUACUCCAAUUCUUCUAAGGGUGGACGUUCCUCUGUUGUCCUGAUGAAGAAAUCUACCUUGUUCUUUUUCGCAUUACUGUUGCUAGCCUUUGUGGUUGCUUUUGGGUACUUCUUUACCGAAUGGAUGUUCCAUCGUGAUAUGCUUUCGGGUGGCAACCGUGACAAGGCCAAUUGUUUCUUGGAAGAUGAAGUAGAAUGCCCCUUUACUCAAGAGGAUGUAGACGAUCUCUCUGCUGAAAUCGACCGCUUGGAGGAUUUGAACAAGCAGCUUGCCGACCAGAUGGACGAUUAUGAAGAUCUUACGAACCGUUUGAACCAAUCUGUGGCAGAAUUGAAGAGACAGAAUGACAUCCUUAGCGACUCCAACGACAAAUACGAAGAUUUGAACGAUCAAUUGAAUGACACUGUUGCAGAAUUAAAGCAACAGAAUCAAUUCCUGAAGGAGCAAGUAGAUACCUUUUCCGACCUGAAUCAAGAUCUGAACUCGACUGUGAUUGAUCUAAAGGAAGAAGUCGACCGACUUGAGGGCCAAGUGACCAACUUUACUAAGGAGAAUGAUCGACUCGAAGACUUGGUCGGUUCCUUGUCCAAUGAAACAGAUACCCUGACAGAACUAUCGAACGUCCUACAAGAAAAUGUAGAUCGUCUCAAGGGAGAAGUAGGCAACCUUAAGACGGAGAAUGGCCGGUUGGAAUCCUCAAUCGACAAUCUCAAGACAGUAAUCUCGUUCUGGGAUGAUGUGGUUGGCAAUUAUGACAAUACUUAUGAGGAGAUGGCUGCAUUCUUGGCCCAACAAAUCACUACGAAUAGAAAUUUGGUGCUUGAAGCAUUGGAAAACACAUACCAUCAACGAGUUGCCGAUUGGGACUGUGGAUUGCGAGCUCAGUAUGCCCUAGAACCAUUUGCUCAAGACGAUUCCAUCACAAUCCCCAACGACAAAUAUAACGAAGUCAUGGACUUUGUCAAUGGACGUGUACUAUCCGACCUCUGCUUGAGUCGGUCCAACUUUGAGUCAUACGUGACAAGUCGCUAUCCUUCAGGUGGUAUCUCUAUCGAUCGCUUGGUCACCGCCGUACGACGAUACACAUGGGAUGCCAUUGACCACUACUUCCCCGAGAAGGGAGAACAAGGACUGACUUCCGAGAACUGGUCAAUGGCCAAUUUUACUUGCAACAACUUGAUGCCAUCGCAAAAAUACAGUGUCUAG